AUGUCCGGUCGGAAAGAAAACAAUCGAGACAAUAAUCGCAAAUCCAAUGGUGGCGGAAAUCGAGAUGAUCACAAUAAAAGAAGAGAUGGAGGUGAUAAUAGAAGAGAGGGUGGAGAUAAUCGAAAAAGUGGAGGUGGAAAUCGAGGAGGAGGAGGAAGUAAUAACAAUGGUGGACCUCGGCAAGAAAGAAAUGGAAGAAAUAAGAAUCAAGAUGGAGGGUUUAUAAAUCAUAAUAAUGAUGGAGGUUUUGGUGGUGGCCGAGGAGCUCGAAAUGCACAAAAUCAACCAUUUAGCGGCGCACCUUUAAGUGAUUCACAAUUGAUGGAUGAAAUGCCAAAAAAGAAAUUCACUGGAAGGUAAUAUUUUUUUUUGGAAUGCUGAUGAAAUUGAUUGUUUUCAGAUGUCGUUUAUUCGUCGGAAAUCUUCCAAAUGAAACGAAAGAAGCAGAGCUCAAAGAACUUUUCCAACCACAUGGAGAUAUUGCUGAAUGUUAUUUGUCUGGAAAAGGUUUCGCAUUCUUGAGAUUGGUUAGUUUUUUACAGAUUAAGGGGGGAAUGGACAAAAGGGUUUGGACUUGGGUUACAGAUCGAUUUUACAUCAUAAAGGAGCAAUAUACGUCGUUAUUUCCCCACAGUAUAUUAGUUCUACUGUGUUUGAGCCCAUGAGGCAUGUGGCGAAUUUAUUUAAAAAUAACUUCGGAAGUGGAAAUUGUGACACAUUUAUUUAAUACAAAAAAUUCGGAUUUUAAUCUAUUGUUUUAAACAUGAUUUUGACAUGGCAAAGUUGUAAUUUUUGAUUAUAAUUUUUUCUACUCGUCGUCAUAACUGUAUCUUCUAGUUUAAAAUUUAUUGCAGUGAAAAACCUUGUCACGUCAUAACUGCUGUUAAGAGUUAGGCUAAUUAAAAUUAUUCAAUUCGCUAGUAACAAAUCUAUCUCACAAAAAUAUCGAAUUCUGUUAUAAAAUCAGACUUCACUUUGAGAAAGAUUCUUUGUGAAAUAUUUUAAUAUUUCACAAAGAAUCUUUAAAAGUCGUUGAAUCUGCAUAUCAAAAAACAUUAAUUCUGAUAACUUGUUAUUUUUUUGAACAUAACUAUUAUUUUGAUUUCAAAAUUUCAAUCAAUAACCUCGGAACUGGAGUCGCUGCCCUGUAGCUUUGUUUUACGUCUUCCUAGUUCCAGUUUUCUCGAAAUUCAUCUCGCUCUCAGCACAGAUUUCCCAUUAGUUUUGCAGUAGAGUUUGCAAAUUUUAGUUCGAGUUGACAUCUUAUUGUCAAAAAUUUGUCUCAUUUUUUCAGCGACCCCAGUUCCGAGAGUAAACCAUUUUUUAUUAUUUAGUUUAUUUUCUUUAUUUUUAACACGUUCAGGAUACAAGAGCUCAUGCAGAAAGCGCAAAGGAAGCAAUUGACGGUCGAGUAAUCGGCGGUCGCCAAAUUCGUGUUCGUUUUGCUGUUCACGGGGCAGCGAUUCGCGUAAAAGAACUUUCCCCAACUGUUUCGAACGAAAUGCUUUAUCACGCAUUUUCACAUUUUGGAGAAGUUGAAAGAGCAGUUCAUAUUGUUGAUGAAAAAGGACGACCAACUGGAGAAGGAAUCAUUGAAUUCGAAAGAAAACCAAAUUGUAAUGAAGCAAUGGCUGCAAUUCGCGAAAAAGUGUUUUUGUUAACUGCGUGAGUAUUGAAAAUAUACCAAACUUCUUUCCGUCAGUUUUUAACUUGGACUUUUUGUUGUAAAAUUUUAACGGACUUUUGACGGAAAGAUUUUUACUCGCGGCGCGCUAUUUGUAAAGAAUAUUGUUUUUUGUUAUAUAGAAGUCCAAAACCUCUUGUGUGUGAAGUAUUGGAUCCAAAGGAUGAAGAUGACGGAUUGGCAGAAAGAAUGAUACCAAGAACUAUGACUUUGGCAAAGUAAGUUUGAUCGCCUUUUUCUACAACUUCUAUCUGAAAUUUCAAAUUGACCUGACCAGUUUUAUAAGUUGUUAUACGGUAUUCUAGUUUGAGAAUUUCAUUACAAAUCUCAUAGUUUUUUUUGUAUUUUCUUUAUUGAUGUAUUGCUGGCUGUACUAUGGGAGAGUUAUUCGAGUUCAAGUGGUAGAAAUUGGUCGAUGCCUACCAAACCUCACCCAAGAACCUGGAGAAGUGGGUAAAAGUUGCCCACCGGGGUUAUUUUUUUUAAAAAAAAAUUGCCCACCUGAGGCUCGCCUUAAAGACCCUAAAAAUUUUUGCUCACCCAGGUUUCUCGAAAAAAAAGUUGACCACCCACUUGGAAUUCCAGGUAUUGGGUGAGGUUUGAUGCCUACGAGUCUUCAUUUUUUUUGUCUAACAAGUAAUCUUUAUUACCAACAUCUCAACUUUGAUGGGAAAUCUUUGUUUUGUGUCUUCUCACAGAAUUUGAGAUCGCUUUGUUCAAUUUUGGAAAACAUCUUGAUGUUUUUUCUUCUGCCAAAACUUUUGAUAUAUUAUUCUACCCGUUUUGAAUUGGAUCUCGGCGUGACUGAUCCUCAGAAAUAAUUAUUCGAAAGGUAGAAAUCCGAGAAUUUCUACGUAUUUCAAGGUGUUGAUUUCACAAAUGUUUUCAAAUUUGCUAAAACCAGAAUAUCUCAUCAAAUUUGUUUUCUGUGUUUUCCCUAUUUAUUUUUAUAUGUUAUUGUUAUUCCUAGGGGUUAUACCUUUUUUGUAUAUUGCGAUGCUUCUCAUUCUGUUUUCAAACUUCACUAUUUUUAAUUUGUAACUCUUAUCAUAUUUAUUUCUUACUGGUCAGGUCAAUCCUUUUUCUUAAAUUUCAAUGAUUUUUUCACUCAACAGAAUUUAUUCUAUCGUACCUAUCUCAAUACGUUUUUUGUCUCUAGGGAACGUGAAUUGGGGCCUCGUUUCCCAGCUGCAAACAGUUUUGAAUUCGUAUAUGGAAUGAAAUGGAAAGAAUUGUAUGAAAUUGAAAAAAAGAGAAGAGAACAACUCGAAGAAGACUUAAAGGAAUCAAGAAGACGACUCGAAUCUGAUAUGGAAUUAGCCUAUCAAGAUUAUCAGGCACAAAUGCUAAGAGAAGGUUCCUUUUUUAUUAUUAGCGGGAAAAUUUUUGGGUGUAUUGUGGAAUGGGUUGUUUUAUGAAAAACCCGUAAUUUUUUUAAAUCUGGUGAUUCAGAAAUCGUAGUGUUGUGUAUCUGAUUGAUUUCGGUUCAUGAGUCAAAAUAUGCCACCCUCAUUUUUUUUACCGUUGGGGAGGUGUGGAAUGGGCCAGUAAGGUUGAUGUUCUCAUUUGAUACAUGUCAAAAUAUUUUUAACAGUCUCUAGAUGCCUUGUUCCAAAUAAAAGAUCGGAAAGCUUAAAACACAACCCUGUUUAGGUCCAAAUAUUGAAGAAUAUUUCCUCAUUAAUCUUUUUCUCGGAUCUAAACUCUAGAGAAGUUUUUUAACUGGACGAAAUAUUUUUCAUUUUGUCAGAAAAAGUCUGAUUGUGAGUUUUGUAUUUUAUUAUAUCAGUUCUUACAGAAAAUGUUCAAAUUGAACCAAAACUCAAAAUUUUUAAUAUAUAAUUCUAUGUAUUGUUAGUUUCCUAAAAUGGUUUUUUAUGAAAUUUAGAUUCAUAAUUUUUAUGUGGAAAUUCUGCAAGUGCCUUCAAUUUUUUCCGAAAAUUCAAUCGGUUUUUCACGAGUGAUGGUUGAAUUGUUUAACAUUAUAUAUCAAAUUUUAAAAAUCUACUACAUUCUGGUUUAAAGGUUUCAUCAAAAUUAUAAAUAAUUUGUAGACUUAUAAUUAUUCAGGUAUUUCGUAAUUGGACUGCUCUUCUUUAUUUUAUUGAAUUUAAUUUUUCCAUUUUUUCAUAAACUUCAAAAUUAAUCAAUUAUUUUCAGAUCUCCAACGUCGUCAACAAGAAUUAGAUCGUCUCGAAGCAGCUCGUCGUGAUCGUAUGCGUGGCCUUGGCGGUCCACCAAUGGGACCAGGAGGUCCACAAGCAUUCGGAAACAAUGGCCCAUUUAUGAAUGGUCCCCCACUUCACGGUGUACCUCCACCAUCAAUGGGUGGUCCACCCCCUUUCGGACAAGCAUUCGGAGGUCCGCCACAAGGAAUGUUUGGUGGAAAUGGAGGAGGAGGGCCGCCUCCACAAAUGCAUCAACCACCUCCUUUGAUUCAACAAUCAAUUCCGCCACAACAACAACAAUCACAAGGAAAUGGUGGAGGACCAUCGCAAAAUGGGCCAAAUUCGGGUGUUGGAAAUGGAGGAGGACCAGGAGGCAGAACUAAUAUGAUUGAAGGAGUUCAACGAUUAUUGCAAAUAUUUAAAAGUGAACCAGGAGCACAAAACUCAUUAUGUAAGUUAAUUUGAUUAUGGGCUGAUUUGAUUCUGAAAAUUAUUAUAUUUAAACAUUUUUUGAAAAAAAUUGUGUUCCUUAUUUUUUAAAAUGUUUGAAUUCAGUUGACAUUUAAAAUCUGAAAUUCUCGAUUUUCAGUAUCUCGAGAUUUCAACAUGCCUCCACCAUCAAAUUCAUUCAACCAACGUGGACCAGGUGAUUUCCCACCGGAAAAGAAGAUUCGCCGUUAA